GAAGGAAGGAAGGGGAGAGAGAGACAGAGAGAGAGAGAGAGAGAGACGAGAGGUCCGCUAGCGCCCCUAACCCGUCUCCGUCGCCGUAGAACGAGCGGCAGCCCCAGUCGAUGGCUUCGCCGGAUCCCGGCCGCACACCGGCGCAAGGCGACGAAGCCGCCUCCACAUCCCCGUGGCCUCUCCGCAAGCUCCAGAGUUUUGCACCAGGGCUGUGGUCACAAUACAAAGUUUAUGAGGAUGCGGUCGUGGAGAGCACUAAAGGAACUAUUGCGGAUACUCUGGUCCUUGUGAAAGAGCAUCAGGUGGAGGCAAUUGGAUGUGCCACUGUUGCAGGAUUCAUUCUGUUCAGAGGUCCUCGGAGAUUUUUAUACCGCAAUACCUUUGGCCGUUUCAAGACUGAGAAGGAUUUACUUAAUGAUGCUGAGGAAAGUAUGAUGGAGUACAAAACAUCUAUUCAGAAAUUGAAGAAAGAAUCGAAAUAUACUCUUGACAAAGUAGUCAUUGGUGAAAGUGAUCUGAAGCGUGGACAAACUGAUUUGAGGUCUACCGGGAAGCAGAUCCAAUCUCUCAUAGGUUCCAUAUACAAGGCAGAAUCCACAGCUGCAGGUCUGAUGGAUAGACUAAGAACCAUUCCAACUAGGCAAUCUCUUGAGCUGCGAGCGGAGGUGGCUUCCAUGGCCUCGGUUUUGAAGAGCCAGAGAUGUGCCUUGCAGGAAAGAAUCAACAAAAUAUCUGAAUAUGGUGUCCGUGUCUGAACUGCACCGUCUAUACACUUCCCCUUAGGUCAUUUCAUACAAUAAACUGUGAAUCCACCGUGAGAGGUGUGUUUGUUGAUCAGAGAAGUUCCAUCUCCAGAUUCUAACCUUUUAUUCUUGUCAGCAUUUUAAAUGCUAGGACAGACAAGAUCACCCAUCAGAAUCAUGAAAUGUUCCUGUCAGUGUACUGUUGAGCAUUUCUUGUUUGUGGCCUUGUGGGAAAACUUUGGAUACUCCCCAUUUAUAUGCAAUUGCAAGGAAAGCUAUGUUCCAUCA